AUGGAAUCUGCUCUUUGUAUCCUUCCCGGGGCCUCCUGCCGUGCCCUCCGAUUCCCACGUGAUAAGGCUUCUUCGUCAGGAAAACACACGGUGGAUAACACGGGCGACGGCGGGAAAAAUCUGAUAAAGAAACACACUGCUGCCUGUGAGUCAUCUAUUGCUACCCAUGAACCACAGUCAAUGGUAGAUAACACAAGUGCCAUAGCCCGUCUUGCCAAUCGGGUACUAAUGGUAGCAAAACAAGAGGCUGAUAAUUCUGAGGAUCCUGGAUUUGUAGCAAAAGUCAAUGCUGCCUCUGAUCAACUGCAAGCAGCUGUAACCCCAAUGGUACAAAAUGCAAAGGAUGUUGCAAUGAAUCCAGAUGAUCAGAGAGCCAUAGGCAGAUGGCGACAGUCCAACCAGGCUGCUCUGAGGAAGAUCAGGAGGCAACAGAGAUGUUGGUUGGAAAUGCCCAAAACUUGAUGCAGUCAGUCAAGGAGACUGUGCGUGCCGCUGAAGCUGCAUCCAUCAAGAUUCGUACUGAUGCUGGCAUCAGGUUAAGAUGGGUUCGCAAACAACCCUGGUACCAAUAUUAAUUUUCAGUCUAGAUUGUGUAGCUCACAGCAAUCCAUCUGGUACUUUCAGACUAUAAGAUACAGCAUAUUCACACCUCUUCAGGUUUAAUUGUACCUUUUAUGAGUUAGUUAGAAGUUCUCUGAAAUUGUCGAGUAUGAGCCAAAUUCUAAUUGUUUUUCUAAUCUUUUCUGGAUUAACUAUUGCCAUCAUUUAAGCCUAAUAUUUUAUAAAAGUGAAGAUCUUUAAGUAGAGCUAGAUUUAUUAUUUUAGAAAUAAUGAAAAAAUAGUAUCUGAAGUUUGACUCUCAGAUGAUGUGCUGACAGCAAAAAAGAUUUAUGCAUUUCAACAUAUCAUUAAAAGUUUUUUUUUCUGACUUAUUAAAACUAGCAAUAAACAACAUCUGUUUGACAAUCUUUAAUUGAUGGUUUAUUGCAUAUGCUGCUCAAACUGCACAUGAGUUGCAGCUGUGCACAUAGAAAUAUUUCCAUUACGCACUUGAGAAUAGUUAAUUUCGACUGUGCCAAAAAUAGUCUUCCUUUUGUGGUGAAGAUUACUGUCCAAAACACAAAAUGUUUUUUUAGUUAGUUACUUGCAUUUGAGCUUUAAGAACAACUAUUUCUUAUUUGAAAAAGUAGACAUCAAUGACAUGAAAACAAAUUUCCUUCCACAAAAUAUAUAUCAUGGAAAUUCAAACAUGAUUAAGGAAUUAAAUUUUUUUCAUGUGUUUGAAAUGAUUAUUGGUGUGCAUCAAUGUGUCCAAGAUUAACAUUUUUUUCAAAUUGAAUUCCUCAGUGUUAUGAGUUAUAAGAUUUUAUUGUCUUGAAAUGCAAUAUUAGGCAUACUUUCUACCCUUUGUUACACUAAGAAAGAAUAUUAACUGGAUUUAUUUGCCAUGUUGCUUACCCUUUUUCAAAACUAACACUUUUAAUCUAACUUGUGACUAAUGUUUAUUUAUUGGUGCUGGAAAUGUAUUGUACUGUAAGAUUAAUCUGCCUGACAAAUUAAACUGAAAAUACAGUUUGCACUUGUUAUGACCAUAGAAUUAAGAUAAGAAACAAGUGAAUAAAGGUACAUGUUCAGAAGAGCUUGUUGAAAUGUCCAAUUUUGUUGUAUUUGUAAUAAUUUUAGUGCCUUUAUGCUGUCAAUUUGAAGUAGUAAUUGGCUUUCGUAACUUCAAAUGCAAUUCAUACAUAGCAUUUAUGAAAAUGUUAGUUGCUACGCAAAUCCAUAAAAGUUAUUUUUAAUAUACAUACAUACUUUAUGCUUUUGUAACAAGGAUAUAUUGAAUCUAAAAUGCAUAUUACCACGUUGUAACAGGCCUUGAUGCAACAUGCAUUUUUUGCAGUUUACUCAAGUUCAAAAUGCAGGUGCAGUAUAAAGGUCUGAUUUUGAUGUUCCUACUUUCAUUCAGAUUUAAUUGUAUUUUGUGCAUAUAUUCUUACUCUGCAAUGCCCUAGUGAUUUAAGAAUUACUUACAAUCACAUGGAGGCCUUAGAUAUGAAGCUUUUAUCAUCACUGUUAUGAAAGAUAUACCCAAGAUCAUAGAACAGACACUGAAAAUGUAGAUAAAUACAUAGCAAACUUUUCAAGGUGAUUUUUCUUCAUCCCAGUGAUGUUUUGCUUCCAUCGUCCGUAUUUAUGGUUGCAUAAGUUAUCAGGUUUAGGCCAAGAAGAGGAUUGCUUUCAUCAUGUCCUUGUGGAUUCAGAUUCUGACUGUUUUAUACAUAAACUACACAUGGAAAAGGUAAACAUUGAUUAAAUAUUGGUUGCAUAAGAGACUGUAUCAUUUUAUAAAACAAACAAAAUAAACAUUAAUAGAAUA